GCCUAUAUGAAGAGAGGUGAUUUUCCAUGUUUUAUUUGCGAUGCAAAAUUAUUUACUUUUUGGAAGAAGAGCUACAACUUGACAAUAUCAGUGACUGCAGGAAACACAAUUGAGAGUCACUGUUCCUUACUACGUGCAGCAAACCAGGCUCUGUGAGAUUUCCUUGAAGGCUAUUUCCUUUUUAAAAUACAUAUAGGCAGUGAGAAGUACAACAGUGGCUGAAUGAGUUGGUUUGUAUUACAAACUGGAAAAAAAAAAGCAACAAAAAAACCCAAAAAACACAUGCAAGCCAGCAUUUCACACACAGGAGUACCCUGGGAAAUGGAAAUCACUAUAUUGACCCAUCUUUCUCCCUCCCAUAGUGGGUGUGACGGUGUGUUCACGUCUCCAUUUCUUUUUUUUUUUUUUUUUUGCUAUAUCACCCAGCUCCACGGCAUCAGUCAGCUCCUCUGAAGGCAAACACCCACUAUCAAGCUCUCCCAGCCACCUGCUCUCCAGCAAUGCCUCCAGACUUUGACACCAACAUGAGGUUCAAGUUCUCCAUCCUGGCGCUUCUUCUGGAAGUGAUUGUCAUUGUUUUGUACGGGAUAUUUGUGGAUUAUGACACGAGUUCUUCUCGUCUAGGGUUAUACCCACACUUUCAGGAUGUCCAUGUGAUGAUAUUUGUUGGAUUUGGUUUCCUGAUGACCUUCCUGAAGAAAUAUGGAUUCAGCAGUGUUGGUUUUAACAUGCUCAUUGCUGCCUUCGGACUCCAGUGGGGAAUUCUGAUGCAAGGAUUUUGGCACAUGAAAAAUGGGAAAAUUCCUGUUAACAUCGAAAGCAUGAUAAAUGCAGACUUCAGUACAGCAACUGCUUUGAUUUCAUUUGGAGCACUCCUGGGGAAAACAAGUCCCAUUCAGAUGCUGAUCCUGACUCUUCUGGAGAUCACCAUGUUUGCAUGCAAUGAACAUCUAGUUACCCAAGUAUUCAAGGCCACAGAUGUUGGAGCUUCGAUGACUAUCCAUGCUUUUGGAGCUUAUUUUGGUUUGGCUGCAGCUUUCGUCUUGUACCGUCCUGGUCUGACAAACAAACAUGAAAAUGAUGAAUCCACCUAUCACUCAGACCUGUUUGCCAUGAUUGGUUCCCUGUUCCUUUGGCUUUUUUGGCCCAGUUUUAACUCUGCCAUUGCAGAUGGCGCAGAAGCCCAGGCUACAGCCAUUAUCAACACUUACUACUCCUUGGCUGCCUGUGCCGUCGUAACAUUCGCCCUCUCCAGCUUGGUGGAUAAAAGAGGAAAAUUCAGUAUGGUGCUCAUUCAAAAUGCCACCCUGGCAGGAGGAGUAGCAGUGGGUACCUGUGCUGACCUGGCAAUCCACCCUUUUUCUGCCAUGUUCAUCGGGUUUGUUGCUGGAAUUGUCUCUGUCCUUGGAUUCCAGUUCCUCACUCCUGUGAUGGCCUCCAAGCUGAAAAUUCAAGACACUUGUGGAGUUCAUAACUUACAUGGUUUACCUGGAAUUCUGGGGGGUAUUGCUGGCAUCAUAGUAACUGCGAUAAAAAGAGAAAUGAGGAAUGGUCACCAGCUUACUCCUGCCAUGCAGGCUGCUGCCCUGGGAAGUACACUUGGAAUUGCAAUAGUGGGAGGAGCACUCACAGGUGCUAUUCUAAAGCUGCCCUUCUUGGGACAAGUAUCUGACCAGAACUGCUUUGAUGACUCUGCUUAUUGGGAGGUUCCAGAGGAGGAGAUGGUACCUGAAAUUUACUCCAGCCACCGAGAUGAGCACAGCAGAUUUGAAGCUGCUAUGUAGAAAAAUAAUUAAUCUGCAAUAUUUGCCCUAAUGAUGCUUUUUCUGUUUCUAAUGCUAAGAAGCAACGAAAUAACCUCCAAGUUUUGUCCUGACCACACCAAGUUUUU